UAGAAAUGAAUGUGGUAGUUCCACUCUCCUCCACCUGGGGGCAGUGUAUUACGGUACUGUUAAAACUAGAAUUUUAUGUCGAAUAGCCACAUAGAGAUGUGAAAUGUGUUAAUUGAAUGGCUACGUUUGUAACCUGAGCUGUUUGCGUCAACACGUUAGCGAAGUUCAAAGGUCAGGGUUCAUAAUGCAUUGGGACAAAGAUUGUGACGUCAUUGACGACAAAGCAGGUGAGGAAGCAACGUUUCCGUUUGAUUAUCUUUUAUGCAUGCUUUUGUUUGCAGUGAUAUAUUUUUCUUAAAAAUGCAUAUAAAUGUUAUGUUAACAUAAUCUUUUGAUAGUUUUUUUUCAAAGUGUUUUCCAGCUCCGCCCCUCAUAGGCGGGACCGUGUAGCGGCGUGGUGGGCACAAGAAGCCCCGCGGCCAGAGUCGCUCCUCUCCGGCUACCACUGCGCCUCCAACGGCGGGGAGGCGCCGCUCAGCCUCGGCGCCCGCACUUGUGUGACCCGGGGAUUAGCCGCCGGUCUCCGGAGGAACCUGACGAACACGCCCGCCUCGCUCGCCCACUUCGGGACCAUGGCGGAGAGAAGUGGCCGGCUGAGCUUCCCCGGCAGCGGGAAUGUCAACAGACCGGUACCGAUGAACUUGUUCGCAACCUGGGAGAUAGACGGAUCCUCCCCAAACUGCAUCCCGAGGUUGUGCAGUUUGACUGUGAGGAAGUUGGUGGUGACGAGAGAACUGGACAAGGAACUCAUCUCCGUGGUCAUCGCCGUCAAAAUACAAGGCUCAAAGCGCGUUCUGAGAUCCCACGAGAUCGUGUUGCCACCCAGUGGGUUCGUGGAGACAGAUCUGGCCCUCAGCUUUUCGCUGCAGUACCCACACUUCCUCAAGCGAGAAGGCAACAAGCUGGAGGUCCUCCUGCAGAGACGCAAGCGCUACAAGCACCGAACCAUCCUGGGCUACAAGACGCUGGCGGCGGGCUCUGUCGACAUGGCCGAGGUGAUGCAGCACCCCACCGAAGGAGGACAGGUUCUUCCUCUCUACAGCGACCACAAGGACCUUCUGGGCAAGGUGGCAGAGAUCUGGAUCUUCUCGCUGUCCAGUCAGCCCAUCGACCACGAGGACGCCGCCCCGCAAGGACGGAUGGCCAAAUGUCCCGACAACUACUCAGAGGAAGAGUACGAGAGCUUCUCCUCGGACCAGGAGGCCAGCGAUGAUGCUGUGCAAGCGCAGGAUCUGGAGGACAACGAGUACGACGUACGCAAGUCGAAGAAGCAGAGGAGGUCCAUCGUCAGGACGCCAUCCAUCACCAGACAGCAGAACUUCAAGCAGAAAGUGGUCGCCCUCCUCAAGAGGUUCCGAGUGUCUGAUGAGGUUCUGGGCUCUGAGCAGGAUCCAGGUGAGGUUCCUCCUGAGGUGGAGGAAGAGGAUCUGGAUCUGGACAGUGUGGACUUUGACAACGCCAGCAACAGUGGACCGGAAGUGGACGACGACGAGGACAGCGUACUCAGCACACCCAAACCCAAACUCAAGCCGUACUUCGAGGGUUUGUCUCUGUCCAGCUCGCAAACAGAAAUCGGGAGCAUCCACAGCGGCCAUCGUGGACCAGCCAGUCCGGCGGAGCCCGAUAAAAGCAGGCGUGGGGUCGGUGAGGACGAGUCUGACGGCGUUUCCUACGAGCAUCCCGAGGCUGUGACGCCCACCGCCGAGCUAGAGAUGGACAACAUGGACACCUUUCUGGACACGCUGCCCACCGGUGGCAAGAUGGCCAAGGCAGAGUCGCUCAUCCUUUCCUCCACCAGUCAGGAGCCUAAGAUGGCAGGAAGGCGAGGUCGCAGCACGUCCUUGAAGGAGCGUCAGCCCAGCAGGCCUCAGAACGAGCGCGCCAACAGUUUGGACAACGAGCGCGCUCUGGACACUCGCAGCCACCUGCAAAUCCCAAGAAAGACGGUGUAUGACCAGCUGAACCACAUCCUGGUAUCUGACAAGCAGCUUCCUGACAGCAUCAUCCUCAUCAACACGUCCGACUGGCAGGGCCAGUACCUUUCAGACGCGCUCCAGAACCAGUGCCUGCCCGUGGUCUGCACCUGCAGCGCGGCCGACGUCCAAGCUGCUUUCAACACCAUCGUGUCCCGCAUCCAGCGCUUCUGUAACUGCAACUCCCAGACACCCGACCCCAUCAAGAUUGCGGUGGCGGGAGCGCAGCGGUACCUGAGCACUGUGCUCCGUCUCUUUGUGGACCACCUGACCCACAAGACCCCCGACUGGCUGGGAUACAUGAGGUUCCUCAUCAUCCCGCUCGGUGCACUUCCUGUGUCCAAGUACCUGGCCUCCGUGGACCACAAAUACUACACUUUGUUCCACGACGCCGCGUGGAAGGACCUCUUUCACAAGACCCAAGCUCCUCUUGUCGCCCAGGAGAGUCCAGACGUGGUGUCCAGGGUGAAGCAGUACCUGUUGGGGGCCAACGGAGCCCACCAGCUUCCCAUCGCUGAGGCAAUGCUGACCUACAAACACAAGAGCCUCCAUGAGGACUCAUGCCAGAAGUUCAUCCCGUUCAUUGGGGUGGUGAAAGUGGGAAUUGUGGAGUCGUUGUCAGCAACAUCAGGAGACUCGGACGACGCGGCGCCAGUGGGAUCCUUGCUGCUCGCCACACCACCUCAGGUGUCACCCGCCCUCAAAGAGGCUCCGCCCACCCUGCCCUCCUCGCCGUCCAUCAACACCGGCUUAUGUGCAUACAGCUCUGCAGGAGGUCAGACGGAGCUGAUGGGUCUCCAGGUGGACUACUGGGCAGCGCCCAGUGAGAGGAAGAAGGACGUGGAGAAGCGUGACUCCUCCAGCAAAAACACGCUCAAGUGCAAUUUCCGCUCGCUGCAGGUCAGCCGGCUGCCUGCGGGGGGCGCCGAGUCCAGCGGCCAGCCCACCAUGUCCAUGACAGUGGUGACCAAGGAGAAGAACAAAAAGGUCAUGUUCCUGCCAAAAAAGAGCAAAGACAAGGAGGUGGAGUCCAAGAGUCAGGUGAUCGAUGGCAUCAGUCGCCUCAUCUGCACUGCCAAGCACCAGCAGACCAUGUUGACAGUGUUGAUUGACGGGGCGGAGUGGAACGACGUCAAGUUUUUCCAGCUGGCGGCGCAGUGGUCCUCACACGUCAAGCACUUCCCCAUGGCGAUCUUCGGGCACACAACAGGCUCGUUCUAGAGUGAAAAAGCAAGGCACUGUAGAAGACGCGAGCAGCACAAGUCUACAUUGUCAUGUUUUUCUUUUUCAUUGAGCAUAACAACCUCUGCUUGGUUGCUUUUCUAAGAUUCCCAUAACCUCAGCUGGAACCUGCCCGUCAACGGCAGGCAUCAUCCUCUCUUUCUCUUGGAUUUCAAGCACACGUGACUCAAGGAUAUAUUUGUGCAAACAAGGAAGAAGACUUGCCAAGUAUUUUCUAGCCAAGAAAAGUGGGAUUGUGUGUGUUUUACCCUCAUGUGCGCUAAUAACAUGAAUCAUAAUAACUAGGUGAGCUUUUUGUCUCGCUAAUGUGAGCUUUUUGCUAAGAAUAAGAAACAUUUAGCUAAGUGGUACACGACAAGUCAUAGCACACAACACGAGUUACUCCCCAUGCUUAAAGACAAACGUUGAAGGUUUUGUAUGCCUUGUUGACCAGCUGUAGCGGAGACGACUGCACUAGUUGGCUUAGCGUCCGUGUGUGGUGUAGCGUGAUCCCACAUGCUAAUUGCUCACUUCUGAGCACUCAUAUGCUUCAUUCUCUGAGCGUAUGGUGUGUUCACACUGGCAGCAAAGAUCAGCAUACUGUAUGUCCGAGCACGUGCUCUGAGAUUUGGAAAGACAAGAUGGCCCAAGUAGCUGAGGUCAAAGGUCCGUGUUCCAUCCAAAUGCUCUACAGUCCAAACGUAGAGAUUGUUGAAGAAAAAGUGCAUCUCAGCUUUGUGAUAGAGGUGAAAAAGCCCAAUAUCAACUUCCCCGGUGUUCCGCUCUUUGUCUGGCCCGUCACCUAAGCAAAAAUAUCUUCUGUUCAUCUUUCAAAACGUGUUUUCCACUCUGUUGGGCUAUUAGUCUUCAAGUUGCUAUGGACGUUCUGUGCAGUCAACCCACUUAUACUCUACUCCCAUGAAAGAGGGACAAAUGACAGGGCAGGAUUAUACUGUAUAUAUUUGUACGUAUUAGCAGCACCAAAUGAACUCAAAUGUAAAUCAAGUUAAGAGAUGGCACGCGUCUGGAAAUCUAUUUACCUAACACUGCUUUCUUUAACAGCACAACAUUUGAAUGACACUUUAACCGUGUUUUUAUGAGCAGUGCGGAGUUGCGUUCAAAGACACCACAUCAUUUAAGUUGAAUUCACAUGUUUUCAGUGAAUUUUCUGGGAUUUCCGAGCACGCUUUAAUGCGGCAAAUGGUACUUCCUCGUGAAGAGUUACGAAGCGAGUGAUAAGAAUAUCCACUUCUUGAUUUUUAUUGCAUUUCUGUUUAUUUAGACCAGCCAUACACGCAUAAGAAGGAUCUUUAUGUGAUGUUCAGAGUGUCAGUGAACGCAUCUCGCGGUCUGUCACCUGACAAUGACGAAGUGUUGUUGCAAUGAAUAGACUGGAGACGUGUUUGUUUGGAGUAGGAGAUGCACUGCUGUUGAUGUGUUCCAGGUAAGAAUAAAGUUCUAAAAGAGCGUCUGACACUGUGUGACUGUGGGGAGCUACACUGUUCCGUCGUCAGUCGUCAUAACAGCGAGCCGUGGCUUGCCAUGGUGCGUGUGCGUCAGUUACACUAAGAAAUGUUACGCGAUUAAUGAAAUAUAUUAGUUACGCUGUUAACUUGCUAUUUUUGUCCUCCAUAAGAACUAUGAGAUGAAAAGUUAAAGAUCCAUCCAUCCAUUUUCUUCCGCUUAUCGGGUCACAGGGGCAGCAGUCUCAGUAUGGAAGCCCAGACUUCAGUCCCCGACCACCUCCUCCAGCUCCACCGGGAGGACACCAAGGCGUUCCCAGGCCAGCUGUGAGACAUAAUCCCUCCAGCGUGUCCUAGGUCUGCCCCGGGGCCUUCUGCUGGCCAGGCGUGCCCGAGGCAUCCGGACUAGAUGGCCAAGCCACCUCACCUGGCUCCUCUCCAUGUGAAGGAGCAGCGCCUCUACUCUGAUUCCCUCCUGGAUGAGCGAGCUCCCCACCCUAUCCCUUAGAGGUCCGGUACGGAGACCAUAUUACUGCAGACACCGCACCGAUCCGCCUGUCGACCUCACGCGACAACCUUCCCUCACUCAUGAGCAAGACCCCGAGAUACUUGAACUCCUCCACCUGGGGCAGGACCUCACUCCCAACCCGGAGGGAGCAAUCCACCCUUUUCCCGCCGAGAACCACGGCCUCGUAUUUGGAGGUGCUGAGUCUCAUCCCAGUAAAAGCUGAAGGUCACAGCCCGAUGAGGCCAUCAGGACCACAUUGUCAGCAAAUAGCAGAGACCAGAUCCUAAGGCCCCCAAACUGGACUCCCUUGAUGCAGAAAAUCUGUGCAUGAAAAUGAUGAACAGAACGGGUGACAAAGGGCAGCCUUGGUGGAGGCCAACGUUCAGCGGAAACAGGCUGGACUUCCUGCUGGCAAUGCCCACCAGGCUCCUGCUCCGCUUCUACAAGGACCCAAUGACACUUAGUAGCGCCACCAAUCCCGUACUCCCGUACCCACAGCACACCCUUCUUGAAAAGGGGGACCACCACCCGGUCUGCCAAUCAACAGGUACUGUUCCCCACUUCCACACAGUGUUGAAGAGACGUGUCAGCCAAGACACGACGAAUGAAUUCAAUGUAGGCUUCAUCUUUAUUUAAUUUAGGCACCAAACGUGAGGGAAAAGGAACCCCCCGUCCUCCGGGCCCAACAAUGACAACAUAUCGCCCAUCAAAUCCACGGCCAUGCCGUCGCCCAGCUUGGCAGCAAAAGCGGUCUGUCCCCCCUCCUACGCAGGCGACCCUGAGCAGAAACUGCUUGAGCGCGUCAAAUUUGCCCACAAGUGGAGGUGCACCAAACAGCAGUGCAGUGGCGGAACCAGAAAUGUUUCAUUGGGGUGGCCAAGGUGAGACCAUUACUCAUAGGGGUGGCAAUAAGUUGUUACCUGAAUUGUCUAGAUCAGGGGUUGGCAACCCGCGGUUCUGGAGCCGCAUGCGGCUCUACAGCCUCCUUGUUGCGGCUCCCUUUGCUGAACUGGGUGAUUUUCUUUUUAACACCGAAGAAGGGAAAGUGCAUUUUGGAAAAGAAUGAAAUGUCUGACUCAACGCAAGUCCGUGAAUGCAUCUAGACUGCGUCUGACUACUGAUUGGCUGAGCAAGGGAAGGGGAGGUAGGCUAGUGUAUGCGAGUCUCACUGGCGAGAAAAAAAGUUGACCGAGUUUGGAGUUGAGUAUGAAGCAAGUUACUGCACAGUAAAAUCAAAGUAUAGAAUUUAGGAGAGCAUAGCAAUAUGUUUCAUAACGAGAAGCGCGCUGUAGCUAUGUGUUGGGAGCCCGUGACACGCUAAUGGCCGAGGUGGUGGCGACUCCGGGAGAGGCGGAUAGUGUGCUGCGGGAGCUGACGGUGUCACCCGGCCUGUGACUGCUGUGAGGCGGGCACAACAAUACGUUUCACUUUUACGUCUCCACAUACCAGUCCCUACAGUUGCUUUUGGGAAAAUAAAUCACCAGGAGGGUUUGGAAAGUCGCCAGAUUUAGCGAGAAAAUGGCCGAGUUGGCAACACUGGGCUGCACGUGAUGUCGUAAGGAGGGGAAAGCCUUCACAGAUGGAGAAUACAUGAAAAAAUCGUUGAUGAAAAUAUCAGCAUCUAUUCUUGAAAUUAGAAAACAAGGAAGAAAUGAUUGAGAAAGUGAAUGUCUCCCUUUGCAAAGACAUCAAGGGCAGGCUCACCAGAAUGGUUACUGAUGGCAAUUCAGCACAGGCAUCAACGCUAUAGAGCAAAGAACACAUGCAAAAAUGUGAACUCUGAUGAGCUUGUUCAUGUUAAAGUUGGCUACAUUUUGUUUUCAUUUGAAACAAAUACGGGAACCACUGAAAAAGGCGUUUAAAUGAUGUCAGAGUAG